AAAAGCAGCCAAAGGCAUUCACUUCCCCCACUGAGGAUACAAUACUUGGAUAGUUUCUGAAGAAAAUGCCGUACUACGAGGAGGAGCGUCGCCAUCACCAUCAUCACCAUCACCAUGGCAGGCCAAUUGUGGAGGUGGACAUUGUGCCGCCUAGGAUUCCGCGCCCAGUGAUUGAGAUCGGACUGGGCGGGCGCUAUCCACCACCACCGCCCAGGGUGGAGGUCAUCACACCAGCUGCCGUCUAUCAGCCGCCGCCACCGCGACCCAUUAUCGAGGUGGAUGUGGUGCCACCAAGAGCCCCCUUCAUCGAGUUCAACAUCGGCGGUCGGCGCCCCCCUCCCAGGGAAGAGGUCAUCAUUGUCCAGCAGCCCCCACCGCCCAGGUGGUAGGCGUGGUCUCAAUCUGACCGUCGAACAACAACGAAGUGAACAACUCUAAAAAUAUUUAUUAAACUUCCUGUAUUUCUGCAAAUCGAAACUAUAAACUUACCUUUUACAAAACAUAAGCCCUUGUAUAAUA